UGAAUAUGGAAUACAAUCCAUCGGACCAUCCGCGGGCCAGCACCAUAUUCCUCAGCAAAUCUCAGAACGAUGAGAUGCCCUACAGGAAUGCGCGAGAAAAACGAAAAAGCCUCUUUGUCAGUAAUCAUGGAACAUCGAGGCGGAAAUACAGCUCCUGCUCCACCAUCUUCCUAGAUGACAACACAGUCAGCCAGCCCAACCUCAAAUAUACCAUAAAAUGUGUAGCACUGGCGAUUUACUACCAUAUAAAAAACAGGGACACCGAAGGAGGAAUGCUGUUAGAUAUAUUUGAUGAGAAGCUUCAUCCUCUUUCAAAAUCAGAGGUGCCGCUGGACUAUGACCAGCACGACCCGGAGCAGAAGCAGAUCUACCGGUUCGUCCGGACGUUGUUCAGCGCCGCUCAGCUCACUUCUGAGUGUGCCAUCGUCACACUGGUGUACCUGGAAAGGCUGCUGACCUACGCAGAGAUUGACAUCUGUCCGGGUAACUGGAAGAGGAUCGUUCUGGGUGCUAUCCUGCUGGCCUCGAAGGUCUGGGAUGACCAGGCCGUAUGGAAUGUCGACUACUGCCAGAUCCUCAAGGAUAUCACCGUGGAGGACAUGAAUGAGUUGGAGCGCCAGUUUCUGGAGCUGCUGCAGUUCAACAUCAACGUGCCGUCCAGUGUCUACGCCAAGUAUUACUUUGACCUGCGAUCGCUUUCAGAGUCCAACAAUCUCAGCUUCCCCCUGGAACCGCUCAGCAGAGAAAAGGCACAGAAACUAGAGGCUAUUUCCAGGCUAUGUGAUGACAAGUACAAGGAUGUACGGAGAGCAGCAAGGAAGCGCUCGGCCAGCAUGGACAAUCUAUGUGGGAUCAGAUGGGUUCCUGCAAUCCUCUCCUAACCACUAUUAAUCUCCCUGUACUUAAAGCUGGCACCAGGCUGGUUGAGAAAACUCUCAAGGCCCACAUUAGUGGAGACAGACCAACAUGGUUCUGUGUCCGAAAACUUCACUUUGGAUACCCAGAUAAUACCAACAUGUGGAAUUUGGUGGAGUGAUUGAAACCCGAAGUCACCCUCUGGACCUCACAGCUUCAAGCAGGAGGCAAGAAAGUGAAACCACAUCUGGAGUAGUUUCUGGUGGUGAGGGGCUUACCAGAGAGGUUUCAGACUUAACCUAAUGCCUUCACAGUGCCUCAACUUCUGCCUCAACUUCUGUUCAUGAAAGAGAGAAGGACGUUCCAGGUUGUUAUGUCAUCUGUGGAGAAAAUUCAAGUAUUGGACCAACCAACAGCGUCCUGCACAAGACAGAUGUGAGCGCUAGGACAUGGACCUGUGAAGCUGUCUUAAAGUAUGGCACUCAAUUCAGUUUUCUGACUAAUCUGUGUCUGGCCUAAUUUGUAAGAUUUGACAUAACCUGCCUUUGAGAUGGUCCUGCAACUUCACAAUGAAGCAUAUUAUUUAUUUUACCUGAUUAUGUGAACUAAUGUGAAUAGUUACAGCUGCCUGAACCCAUAGUACCUGUAGAGUUUAAAAAACGGUAGUGUAGCACUGGAAUUUCUACCGGUUAUUUAUUUAUUAUAACAAUAAUACAAGUGUUAGCAAGUUUUCUCCUUUGGAAAUCUUUAUAUUCAAGUUUUACAGUAUUUCUAGUGUUUUUCUCAAUACUCAGGUAGUCUGUUUAAUCUUUCGAUUUAUUGUGAUGCAAAUAGAAGGAGCCAGAAUGAAUAACAAGUUGUGACAACAUUCCCACAUAUGUCACUGACGCAUUCUGACAUACUUAUGGACAUAAUCAAACAAUCAUUAAGAGGUUCCAGUAUUCAUUAGAUUUUGGUUACAUCUCAACAUGACUUGGUCAAGAUAUUUUAGCAGUUUGUUUUUAGAAGCCCCAUUGAAGCUUUGAGUGGAUUAAGCAGACCUCUCUGCUGACAUCUAGUGGACAUUUGUUGGAAAUUCUUCAUUGGGAAUGACCCCUUGAGAUGCACAUGCCUGUUUUCAAGGGGGUCCUCAAUGACAAAUCAAGUACAAUAUAAGCACAAUUAGACAAAUCAACAGAAUAAAAGCCAACAGUUCAGUAUAAUGGUCUGAGAGGUGUAAGGAGGCACAGCACUGCUUUGUUCUUAUUUCGGCACCAUAGAGCUAGAUAACAAAACAUUCCAUCUCCAGUACAUUUGGAAAGGCAUAAAUAAAAAAUCUCCAGUUUCAUGAAUCUCAUGCCCAAUAGCUCCUUACCCCAGUGUCUGCUUGUUUGAUGCUGAUCAUUUAAUUUAAAUUGAAGGAAGACAGUACAUCGAUGUAUGCAGUCCUUUUUAAAACCCAGCAACUAAAAAUGCAUUUGCAUGAACCUACAAACAAAGCUGUUUUUCUUAGUUCCUCACGAGGUCACAGCUUUGAGUUAUCAGGUAACAGACACUCGUACCUUGCUAAGGAAAAGGGAACGGAAAGUUAACUUUUCAACAGUAGUCUGGACCAAAGAAAACUAUGAAAUGUGGGUGUGAUCAUAAUACAUGACCUCAUAACACCACAAAACCUAAAAGAAUUGUAUCUCUUCUUUCGAGCAGGUGGUUUAUAGUUGGAAACACAGUUCUUUAUAAAAACAACAUUUGGAUGUCACAAGUAUGAUCUUCCAGUAAUCAGCUUUCUCCAGUGUGUCAACAACAACAAUGUGUCCUGUUGAUCCGUCCUUAAGAAAUAGUGUCCGUGGAAAAAAGCACCAGUCAUGGUGUACGCCCCAAAAUUCAGAAUGGUCCAGAUUACUAAAAGAAUAGAAAUAAGCCACUAAGGGUGUAUUCAUUCACUGUAAAAUUAUUUUGUCAUUGCCUGUAAAAUCAGGAUUAUUAUGUGGAACAUGCAAAAAUUGGACAAAUGUGAAAUAAUUGCAGCACACUUGUACACUUUUCAAGAUGACGUAACUUUUUAAUCAAGAUACUCGCUGACUGUUGAGCCAAGUCCUUAGAAGUGUUUAAAACCGUAUUUCCAUUUUCAACUGCUGCAGGCAAAUAACUGAUCAGGUUCUGAUGUUUUUUUUUCUCAUUUGUCUGAAAACUAAAGCACUAAAAUGUAAUUAUUUUGCAUAUGAACUUUGUACAAUGUAUAAAGAGUUCAAACUGAGACAGGUCAAUUGUGAGCUAUUUAAGGAUGGGUUGAUUUGUGUUUUUAAUAAAAGAAAAUGCUCUUGUCUAAUAA